AUGAUUAUGAAAUUAUUUUUUAUUGUAAAUUGCUUUAUUUAUUCAAUUGUACAAGCAACAAAAGAAGUCGUUUUAUUAGACACAAGAGAAGCUCGUGAUUAUUUAAAUUGGGAUAAAACAUCCAAUAAUGGAAAUUUAAAUGAUGGAUGGGGUGAAUUAAGUUUCGAAGCAAAAACAUUUCCAACGCUUUUACUAUCAUCAUCAACAUCGACAUUAUGGCGUACACAAUACGUAUGUGAUAUAACAUCAGAACGUCAUGUUGAUAAUUGGUUACGUUCACCUUUUUUUAAACGUCAACAAGCUUCACGUAUUGAAAUUGAACUUGGAUUUUCUAUUCGUGAUUGUUCAACAUUUCAAACACCAAAUGAAAUACGUUCAUGUCGUGAAACAUUUGAACUUUAUAUACAUGAAAGUGAUUUUGAAGAUAAUGAUCUUCUAUGGUCAUCUUAUCAAUUAGUUGAUAUUAUUGCUGGAAAUCGUUUUACAUCAAAUAAUUAUGGUAGUCAAUCUUCAUCCUCAUCAUCCGCAUCCUCAUCAUCUUCAUCAUCGUCAUCGAACGGAAAUAAUUUAACGGUUAAUGUUAAAACUCGUGGAAUAUCCGUAAAUAAAAAUGGUUUUUACAUUGCUUUUCGCGAUCAAGGAGCAUGUGUAUCAUUAUUAUAUGUCAAAAUAUAUUAUCGUCUUUGUGAAGAUACAACAUUUGGUCUCGUGCAUUUUCCUGAAACACCAACUGGUGCAUAUUUAACAGAUAUUGUUCAACGUCAUGGAAUUUGUACAACAAAUUCCAAAACAAUACAUAAACCACUAGGUUUUUGUAAAGGCAAUGGCGAAUGGACUUUUCAAGAAACAUCAUUAAGUGAUAGUUGUCAUUGUCAAGAUGGUUACGAACUUCUUAUUGAUAAUAAUAAUAAUAUGAAUAAUGGUCUUCUAUCUCGUGCCAUUUGCAAGGCGUGUUCUAUUGGAACGUAUAAAUCGACUAUUAGUAAUAAUCAACGAUGUGAACCAUGUCCAUUGAAUAGCUAUACAAAAGAUAAAGCUGCAUCAUCUUGUAUAUGUAACGAUGGAUUUUUUCGUCUAAAUACAUCAUUAUCCAAGUCACCUUGUAUAGGAAGUCCUCUUGAACCACAAAAUGUAACUGUAGAUGACAUAGAUCAAGCAUCAGUUAAAAUUUCAUGGAAACAAGCAAUUGCAAAUCCAAAUGAUAUUGUAUAUCGUAUUGAAUGUAAUCAUUUAAUUGAAGAUCGAUUAGUACCUUGUGAAUCUUAUAUAUCAUAUUAUCCAAAUCGAACAUUCAUAAAUAAUACAAAUGUACAAAUAUUAGGUCUUGAUGCUGAUACAAAUUAUAAUAUUGAAGUAUAUGCUGAACAAAUUUCUACACAUUUAUUAAGUAAAUCAGUUGGUUUAUCAUUUACAACAAAACGACCAAUACCAAAAUUAGUUCGUGAUAUAAAUAUUCGACGAAUAUCUUUAAAUACAAUUUUAAUAAAUUGGUCACCCAUUGAUUUUGAUCUAUAUCAAAUUCGUUAUUGGUCAAUAAAUGAUGAACAUAAGAAAAUGCUUGCUACAUUGUUACAUAAUAAUUUUACAUUAAUAACAACAACCGAUAAUUAUAAAUUUCAAAUACGCGGACAUACAAGAUUUGGUUGGAGUUUAUAUACACAUGAAAAAGUUCUAUCAUUAACUUCAAUUAUAAUUGAUGAACAAUUUUUAGCAAAUACAAAACUAACUGAUGUAUCAACAAAAUUUGUUGAGAAUAAAAAUAUACUACUUAUUGGACCAUUAAUUAUCAUUGCGUUACUUGUUACAGUUAUUAUUUUAGCAAUUAUUUAUUCAAAAAAAAAACGUUCAUGUCGAUUAAAAACAGCAAGUGAUUGUGAAUCAUUAGAUUAUCAAAAACGACAAGUGAGUGGUCAUUAUGGACCCGAUGUAUUCUUCAAUUCUGGCUGGUCAGCACCAUUAUGGCCUCCAAUUCCUACAACAGCAAAGACCUAUAUUGAUCCUCAUACAUAUGAAGAUCCAACAAAAGCAGUUAAAGAUUUUGCACGUGAAUUAGAUCCAAAUUUGAUAGUUAUCGAAUCGGUUAUUGGUGGAGGCGAAUUUGGUGAUGUAUGUCGUGGUAAACUACGUAAACUAAAUUUAAUGAAAGAUGUAUCAGUUGCUAUAAAAACAUUAAAACAAGGUGCAACAGAAAAAACACGAUUAGAUUUUUUAUCUGAAGCGAGUAUUAUGGGACAAUUUGAUGACGAAAAUGUCAUUUAUUUGGAAGGUGUUGUUACAAAACAUCAUCCAAUAAUGAUUGUAACUGAAUAUAUGGAGAAUGGUUCAUUAGAUACAUAUCUACGAGCAAACGAAGGAAAUAAAUUACUUGAUACAUUACAAUUAACACGUAUGUUACGUGGUAUAGCAUCGGGAAUGAGAUAUCUGUCAGAUAUGAAAUAUGUUCAUCGAGAUUUAGCAGCACGAAAUAUUCUUGUAAAUAAAGAUCUUAUAUGUAAAGUAGCUGAUUUUGGUUUAAGUCGUGAAAUUGAUGAAGGUGAUAGUUAUACAACUAAAGGUGGCAAAAUUCCAAUACGUUGGACAGCUAUUGAAGCAAUUGAUUAUCGAAAAUUUACAUCAGCAUCUGAUGUAUGGAGUUUUGGUGUAUUAUGUUGGGAAGUUGUUUCAUUUGGUGAAAGACCGUUUUGGAAUUGGUCAAAUCAAGAUGUUAUUAAAUCAAUAAAAAAUUCUUAUCGUCUUCCACCUCCAAUGGGUUGUUCAGAUGUAUUAUAUAAAUUAAUGAUUGCCUGUUGGAAUGAAGAAUAUUUAGAGAGACCAAAAUUUGUAGAAAUUGUCCAACAAUUAGCACAAUUUAUUCAAGUACCUAGUCGACUCAUUCCAUUAGCAAAACAAAGAUUUGUUUUUGUUAAUCAUCCUGAUCAACCAAAUUUUGCUCAAGUUACAUCAAUUAUUGAAUGGCUACAUAGUCUACAAUUAGAUCGUUUAAUAAGAAUAUUUCUUAAUACUGGUUAUACAAAUCUGUCCCAGAUAUGUCAUUUUAAUCAAUCAGAUUUUAAUGAUAUUCUUGGAAAUAAUAUAACACUAGAUGAACAAACUCGUUUAUUAGAUGGGUUAAAACGUAUACGAUCUCAACUUGUAUUGAUAUCAUCAAAAUCAUUGUUGCCUGGUGAAGGUUAUCUUGUAUAA